AUGUCUGCAGGAACCAAUGGCGCUAGGCGUGUUGCAACGCUUCUGAGGCCACCAAAAUUCGAUUCCGCAGCGUGCAGAAGCUGUCUAGAAACUCUCAGUCGCCGCGGGUAUGCCACUGCCGCAGAGUCUGUAGCUCAGUCGACAUCAUCAACCAUUCAAAACACACCUCCAGCCUUAAAGCCCACAUACGACAUUAAAGCCGGAGUCGUCCUCUCCCGCCCACCACGUCUCACCCGUGAGCUCACCUCGUUUGAGAAAGCCUUUUACUUCUACCAACGGCGCCUAAAUGACCGUCUCGCCCUCCCCUUCACACGAUACUUCUACUUCAAACGCGACACGCCUGCUGACGUCGACUGGAAGCGCAAGAUUAAAGAGCGCCUGACUCCCUCGAGGGAUAUCGGGCGAUACAAUGCGUAUUCAAAAGAGGCGUGGAAUGAUGAGUUGCUUGUUGGGUCGGUGGAGUCUGAGCCGGAACACCAGAUUAAUGCGCUGCUGAAGGAUGUGGAGAGUUAUACUGAUUCGGAUGAGGGGGACAGUAAGAAAGAUGAGGUGCCACGACCUCUUCCUAGGGUUACGGAGGCGGAUAAAAAGGGAGAUCAGAGGAGUUUGGAUCGGUUGUUGCAUCGGACGCUGUAUCUAUUAGUGCAAGUGAAGAAUGGGGAGCGGACGUUUUGGAGAUUUCCCGCUGUGACGCUGGAGGAGAAGGAGAAUUUGAGAAUGGCAGCUGAACGUGCUCUCCUUCACUCUGCCGGCCCCAACAUGAACACCUGGAUGGUCGGCCACCAUCCCAUCGGCCACCAUGUGUACAACCUCCGCAGACCGAAACCAAACCCGGAAGCAGGAAUCGAGAUCCGCGGUGAAAAAAUAUUCUUCCUGAAAGGAAGAAUCAUGGCAGGUCAGGCAGAUCUGACUGGCAAUACCCAAGGCAUUACGGACUUCAAGUGGCUGGCUAAAGAUGAGAUUCCGAAGCACGUGUUGCCAGUUUAUUGGAGUUCGAUUAAAAACAUGCUGGAAGAUAGGUAA